AUGCCUCUAGGCCAAGCACUCCUCCUCUCGCCCUAUGCCACCUUCAUGAACAGCCUCGAAGCCUAUCUCGCCCCGCGUCAGAGUCUGAAAGAGUCGUCCUACCUCGAUACUUUCAUCGGUAUCUUCAACCACUAUCCUGCCUCCGACUCCAAGUCCCUCGAGAACCCCACCCAAUUGCAACCAUCCCCCGAACAACCUCAACCAACCCAAUCAUCCUCCGAACACCCUGACGUCACACCAGAAUUCUCAAUAACCCCCUUCCCGUCCCGCAAGCCCCUCUCAUCGCCCUAUCUCUCCCCUCUCAUGGUACAAGCUCAACCGAGUCUUCCACGAAUCGACCUCUCCCUCGAACUCCGUAAACUCUCCGCGCACAACCUCCGCGAACACAAACACGCCCUUCUCUCCCUCUCUCACUCCAAACACCACUCGAAACGCCACUCCCGGUCCUACCCCCUCUCCCCCCCUUCCUCCUCCUCCUCUUCCUCCUCCUCCUCCGCCUCGACCGCUUACGACACCCCAUACUACGACUCCGGCCACGCCUACGACACCUGGUUCGACACCAUCCCCCUCCAACUCGGCCUCCGUCUCCGUCUCCAUCUCCGUCUGCCCCACGCCCAAGCCCCCCGUCUCGUCCUCGCUAUUCUAUGUGUGUUCGUGCUGGCGCUGAUGGGGCAGUUGGUGCUUGUGUGGAUGAUGACGAGGGAGUGGGGGGUUUUUGCUUCGUGA